AUGAAAUGUUUUAAGAAAGUAUUUUGUAGUUUCUUUGAUGAUGAAAAUGUCAAAAAUGAAGAUGAUAAUGAUCAUAAUGAUAAAAUGUACAUUUUUAAACACAGGGGUCUUACUGAUGUUUCAAAAAUCCUACGCUACAUAUUCACCAUUCAAGUGGUCAACAAGAACCCCCAUUUCCUGCACAAUCUCACACUUGGCUAUCACAUCCAUGACAACUAUUUGAGCACCCUUGGCACUUCACAUGCCUUACUGAACAUACUCUCUACUGGAGAAGCCAAUGUUCCCAACUUCAGCUGUGGAAAGAAGGACAAUAUUUUGGCCCUUAUUGAUGGAGCUGACUGGGAUGUUUCAAUCCAGAUGUCAACAUUAGUAGGCUUCUACAAAAUCCCGCAGUCUCUGCCUCAGUCCAAAUGUGUAGAAAAAUGUCAGCCUGGAUUUGUCAAGAAGGCUCGAAAAGGAGAGCCAGUUUGCUGCUAUGACUGCAUUCCUUGUCCGGAGGGUACCAUCUCUACUCGGAUAGAUGCUGAAAAAUGCACCAAGUGCCCAGAUGAUCAAUAUCCAAAUGAGAACCGAAUUCAAUGUAUCCCCAAGAGAAUAAGCUUCCUGUCAUACGAGGAACAUUUGGGCAUCAUCCUGUCUUCCUUUUCUCUAGUCUUGUUUCUAAUCACAGGUUUUGUUUUAACCAUAUUCAUUAAAUACCUAGAAACUCCCAUUGUCAAAGCCAACAACCGGGACCUCUCCUUCGUCCUCCUGAUUUCCCUCCUGCUUUGCUUCUUGUCCUCCUUUUUCUUCAUUGGCCGACCAAGAAGAGCCACCUGUGUUCUCCGACAAACAGUGUUCAGCAUUGUCUUCUCAGUAUCUGUAUCUACUGUAUUGGCCAAAACAAUCACAGUGGUAUUGGCCUUCCUUGCCACAAAACCAGGGAACAGGGUGAGAAAAUGGUUGGGAAAGAGCUUGGCCAACUCCAUCAUCCUUUCUUGUUCUGGUGGCCAAGUUUUUAUCUGUGCCAUGUGGCUGGGUAUUACUCCCCCAUUCCCUGACUCUGACUUGCACACCCAGCCAGAAGAGAUCAUCCUUCAGUGCAACGAAGGCUCCGUCAUCAUGUUUUAUCUUGUCCUUGGCUAUAUGUGUUUCCUAGCUAUCAUUUGCUUCACUGUAGCUUUCCUAGCCAGGAAUCUGCCUGGGGCUUUCAAUGAGGCCAAACUGAUCACCUUCAGCAUGCUGGUUUUCUGCAGUGUCUGGGUCUCCUUCCUGCCCACCUAUGUGAGCACUAAAGGAAAGUUCAUGGUGGUCGUGCAGGUCUUCUCAAUCUUGGCCUCCAGUGCUGGUCUACUGGGCUGCAUCUUCUUUCCUAAAUGCUACAUUAUCAUCCUGAGACCAGAUCUAAACACUAAGGAACAUCUAAUGAUAAAAGUGGGAAACUGA